AUGUCCACCAAAUCAUUAUCGCAUGUACAAACCAUUCCUGAUCUUCAGUCCUCCUCCACAAUCACAAAUAAUUGUCACAAAUCAACUAGUAAUAUUCCUGACAAUUAUGCUCUCCACUAUCUUCGUUCUAUUGGUCACGAACAGUUUAAUAACAAAGAAACAGCGACAGUGGAACUUCAACUGAAAGGUUUUCCGAAUGAUCCAUUUUACAUUCAUCGAGAAUAUUUAGUAAUUCAGUCAACCUUCUUUCAAGAUUUAUUCAAGAAUUUAAAACAAGGAGAUUUAGUAAUUAUCGAAGUUCCUUCUCCUGAGACUUUUAGUGAUGUGUUAGAAUGGCUAUAUACUGGAAAUAGUGAUAAAUUUUAUGAUGCUAUGACUGAAUAUAAUUGGCAUGAGAUCUGGGAAAAUGUUGAGUUUCUUGGAUUAGGUGUUGAAGCAAAAACUGUUUGUAUGGCUUUUUAUCAGGAG